CAAAUCCAGCCAGUCCAAAUUUGACAGGCCGCGCCGCCGGCGUACACAGUUUGAUUCGGAAGCUCAUUUCGUGUGGUUGAAUAUGUCUUGGAAACUACAUGUAUAAUUAGGGAAAUAAUGUUCUUUGAUUAGUUUUGAUCUACAGACACUACAUAUUGCUUCUUCAUUCAGACAGUGGCCGAAAUCAUAGAGAGAGGUGAAGUCAGCCAGUGAACAACUCAUUUUUAGCUCAGCUCGGUCUCAAGUAUACCGCGCGCGAGGGAAGCAUUCAGCCGUGAUUUGACACCUGUGGACCGUUGAUGAUGCAUGCCAAACCAACUCUUCAUGAGGCAGCUUUCUCUGGCAAUCCUGGAUUGGUCCGAUCUAUGCUUGAUCAAGGAGAGGAUCCAGACUUGAGAACCUCCCAUGGCCAGACAGCAUUACACAGAGCAGCAAUGAAUGGUAACAUGGACUGUGCCAAGGUCCUGAUCAGCAGAGGUGCUCAGACACACUUACAAGACCAAGCAGGGUGUACUCCUUUGCAUUAUGCAGCAGGCAAUGGUCACCUGGUGCUGGUCAAGUGGCUGGUCCAUGAGGCUGGAGUCAGCUUGACACCUGAGAGCAAGAAGGAACGAACGCCCAGGACAUUCGCCAAGAGGAACGGACACAGGAAAGUGGUGCUGUUCCUAACUGAAAUGGAAAACAAACAGUCUGGCUUUACUUGGCUUGGGAGCUCUUGAUGGUAGCUCCGAAUGUCAAAGUGACUUUGCAUAUUAUGCAGACAUUGCCAUCAUGGACACAUUGUUGCAGCUCACAGGGAACCAGCUAGGUGGCAGUUGGUGACCGACAGUAUGCAUCUUAUGAACAAAUGCACACGAACAAAACUACGGUAGCCUGAUGUGUUAUGUGGAAAGCACAGGUACAAGUAUAUCUGCAAAAAGAUAUUGCUUGUGUGAUAAUGGUAUCAGAGAUUGGUGCGAGUUCAGAUGAUCAUUACAUUACAUUGAGUACAUGUACAUCACAUUCUUGUCUUCACAACUUCACUUAUUUAAUUGCUGUGAACAUUUUGUUUGACUGCUGCUUUUGCCACCAUCACGUAUGAACCAGUCUAGAUUGGCAAGGGGCAGCCUGUGCGACAAUCUACGACACAUGCGUAAAAACUCAGGCACGCACUUGGUAAACAACCACAAAAUAGCACCUGGCACCACGUGAUGGUGAAUGGACCAGUGAGAAUUCGGCUCUAGAUCAUGAAUAUGUACAAUGUACAUGUAUAAGGUACAAUAAUGACUAAUUAAUGUGCUAUUAUUCACAGUGUUGAACAGAUGGACCUGUACUAAGCUGCUCUGUUGACAUGUUAUUUAGCAAACAUUAGUGCUCAGAUUAGACCACUGUCACGAUGACAAUCUGUGCAUUUCUAAUCACUGGCUCCUUUUCGCUGCCUGUGUACAUGUAAUGGAAAAUUCAUGCAAGUUUUACUUUUAUUUGACUGUACAUGUCAAUCUAGCUUCAGGGCAAACAGAUUUUUUCCAAUCAACGAUUGGUAACAAUUUCGUAAAGGUAGGGCGGCCUUUCACAAGCCCAGCCAAAACAGAUUGCGUACGUAUUGUAUUGAAUUAAAAUGAUGUAAAACAUGCAGCCUAAUAACAGAGAGGGCCGAUGCGAUGAAUUCGUACAAACGAGACAAUAAGAAAUCACCGCAAGGCAUCAGAAAAAGUAAUUGCUCUAGGAAUCCAAUUGAAUUUCUCAGUGCAAUUCACGACUGGUUUGGUUUGGACAGUUGAUUGCUGGUCCAGCUAGAAAACAGUCCAGGUAGUUCUUUGGAUUGAUCAAUGGGACAGGUGUGCAAGGUCACAGCAAAAGAGGGACAUGACAGAUAUGAAAAGAUCAGGGAUAGCUUGAAAUGUUUUGGUUAUAUAUAAACUUGAGAUUUGAGAAAGAGGAAUUGCAUCCCAAUAUCCAUGCAUCUUCCUCGCUUUUGCUUAUUUACAUGAAAAGGUAACCCAAAAAGACAAGGUUGUUAAUGAAAUCUUGGUUUACAAAAACUGUAUGUUCAGGUUAAGGCUGUGCUGAAUAUAUCCACUAUUCAAAUAAUUGAGCAAUUCAAGUAUCGACGGCGGAUCCGGGGGGGGGGG